AUGCCCCCGUCGUCCCGCCAAGUCGGCCACGAGUCCCCUGCCCUGCCCAUAGGCUGGCACCUGGGGCGGUUACUGACGAAGCUCGCAGCGAGUCGGUCUGGUUACGUGCUGACAGCCAAGGACGCUGCGCCGCCGUCGUUGUGGACCGAGCUCUCGGAGUUCGGCGUGUUCAUCGAGCUCGCGUACAACGCGAUCCCCGUCGAGAUGGUCUGCGCAAGCGUGGACGUGCUCACGCAGCCGCAUUACCCGCUUCAGGGUGCGCUUUUCCUCCGGGAUUUGAAGUUGUUGGAGUCGUUCGGGGGCGCGGCUUGCGUGCCCGCGUUCACGGCGUACCGGCCGGCCCAGCGCCAGGUCGUCCUGGCCAUCUCGGGGGCGCAGAGCGUCCGGCAUAUGUGGCACUUUCUGCAGAUGACCAAGUGCGCGCACCCUGCGGGGGACGGAUGCCAAGUCCAUUCCGGGCUGUGGAGCUUUUACCAGCUCUUCAAGGAUCAUGCCGUGAGCGCCGUGCGCAGCGCGUUGAAAGGGGAAGCUGGCAAAGUCGAGGAAUUGGUCAUUGUGGGCCAUAGCAUGGGAGGGGCCCUAGGCUACCUUCUGGCUCUGGACCUCUUGGGGAACGACGCGUUGCUGCCCUCGGGACUCACGCUCAAGCUCGCGUUCUUCGGUACCGCCCGCGUGGGCAACGAAGAGCUCUGCAGCCUGUGGCGACAACGCGUGCGCUCGUACCGGGAAAAGAAUGGGGAAAACUCCUUGGAUGACUACAGCGUUAAAAUCAAUAACGACGUCACCCCAUCACUUCCGCUGUAUAGGUGGGGAUAUCGAACGUUCUCCGACACGCCCCUCUAUUCCCACGGACGGCGCCUAUUUCACAUCCCGUACUCCGAGCGGGAGCACAGCAUCUUCGAAGUGUCGAUGGAUAGCCAAGAGAGCGAACAGCUCACUGCAUUCCCGGAUGGGGGGCAUACGUACUAUAAUGAUCGGGACAUGGUUGUCUCCGUCAAUAGGCUUGCAUGGCUUGGGAAAAAUAUGGAAAAGACGCCUGGCUGGCGCGAGCAGUAUAGGAAAAUGGUCAUUUCUCAAGGCGAAGCAUGGGAAGAGGGCUAGGUUGUCACCUCGAAAUCAACUCAAUUUGUACAGUUACAGGACCGUUGUGUGUAUGAAACGCCCGAGCAAAGAAAUGCGCCGACAUGCAAGUCCCAUAAAAGUCGUAGAUUC